UAUUCAUUUUCAGCUUUGUUUCGACAUCAAAAGUGUAUUUUUCAAAAAUUUCAAUUAUCAAGAGUAGUGGAGUUCGGUAGCCGCUAGACCUUUUCACCUUGAAAAACGAAACGAAAGUCAUCACAUUGAAUUAAUCUACGGAGCUGCAGCCUAUCAUCUUUGAUGUAAAACAAGAGACGGAAUAGAGAGACGAGGGCCUUCGCCAGCCAUGCCUUCUUCCUCCUCCUCCUCCUCAUCAUUAUCAUCGUACUGGUCCUCCUCGUCAUCAUCUCCAUCGUCGUCGUCCGACCCGGACUACAAGAUCGAGGAUGAGGCCGCCGGCGUCGACCUCCGGUUGCCGGCCGAGGAAACCGUCUCGGUCUUGCGCACGCAGGACGACGUCAACGCGGUUUGCAAGAAAUACGACACCCCUGAGGAUCAGUAUGCCGCUCGGCCCGCCGGCGACCUGCGCGCAAGCUCAUCCCCUCCGCAUGGCACCGUCUGCGUGUACGCGCACGCGCUCGAGGCCGGGAUGCGCCUCCCGCUGCACCGGCUCUUUGCCGACGUGCUCACCCACUUCAACAUCGCACCGACGCAGCUCGCACCCAACGGGUGGCGCAUCAUGGCCGGCUUCCUUGUGCUCUGCCACUCGGCCGGCGUGCCGCCGUCCCUCGCGGUGUUCCGGCGUUUCUUCCUGCUCCGCCGGAAGCAAACGAUAGGCUGGUACUUCUUCCAGUCCAGGCGCGGCUCCGGCUUGCGCUUCACGGGAUUGCCGGAUUCCAUCCCGGGCUGGAAGAGCCGGUUCUUCUUCCUCUAUUCGCCGACCUCGUGGCCUUGUCCGGUGGAGUGGGGCAAGCCGUCCAAUGGCUCUCUCGUGGAUCCCUUGCUCUCGCUGGAAGAUAAAGCAUCGGCGGCGAAGUUGCUGAGUGCUCACGGAGCCUCUCCCGUUGAUCUCAGAAAACUUCUUUGCCGCAGCAGUCUUGCCGCUGCAAUGAUAUCUCCCUCGCCGGCACCGGCACGGGCGCCGUCGUCAUCGCAGCACUCAUCACCUGAGCCCCCGGCACCGCAGCCUCCGGCGCCGUCAUCACCGAUUAUCCCGGCACCGCAGCCGUCGUCACCGCAGCCCCCGGCUCAGUUAUCACCGCAGCCGCCGCCGCCGCCUUAUACUCGUACUGUUUCCAAAGGGAUGGAUCCUGCAGUCCACGUCAUGAUGAAAACCAUGCUGGCGGCGAAGGUGGCCGGCGAACAAGCAUCGACAUCGGCAUCGGCAUCAGCGAACAAGGUGAAAAUCGAGCCGGGCAGCAAUGUCACGGGGUCGUCGUCGUUGCGUGGGAAGAAGAGGAAUCUGGACGAAGCAUACGGCGACGACGGCCCGCUUUCCAAUGUGCUGCCAAACACUCCGCCUCCCGCCGAUGACAGCUCGGUGCCCGCCGGUGUUUGUUUCCCGCCUGGGCGGUUCUCCCGGAGCCGGACGAUGCAUCAUGUUCCCAGCGGGCACGAUGGCGACACCACGGACUGGGAGGCCGCUAGGGAGAGGCUGCAGGGCGCCAUCGCGCCGCAGCAGGAGCGCGUGUUCGCGGCGAGCGAGCCGUCCGACAUCGCCGCUUCCACCUACGUCGCGAUUCUUCAGGCAGCGAACUACACGUCCUUCUCCUUGGCCUACGCGUUGGAGCUGGAGACGGAGGUCGCCGCACUGCGGACGCAGCUGGAGAAGACGAAGGCCAAGCUCGCGGUGGUGGAGACGGAGGGGGAGAUGAUGAAGGCCGAGCUCGCCGUGCGGCGGCGCGCCCAGGACGCGCUGGAUGGCUACGAGUGCUGGCGGGGCGGGAACGCGGCGGGGCGGAGGACGUGAAGGGCGUUGCGCGCUCUGGUCGACAACACGCCAGGCGGCACGUCAAGCGGCCGCUUGAGUGAUUGACUACCUCAACGAUUGAUCUUUUGGAGUUCUCGACGUCUCGUGUUUCUCGUCUUCUUGAUGCAUGUCCUUUUUGCAUGUUCCUGGUUUAUGUUCGACAGUAUGCUACUCCUAGUUAUGUGCAAGGCGCGAGUGGUCAAUUUGUCGCCGCCAUGUUUGCAGAUCUCCGUUUUAUUCAGUAAAUAUAUGCGCUCACAUAGUUUAGUUUUUCAUAUAUUCGCAAUUGAAAUAUUAUGUCGCAUUUUAUCUA